CUGAUCCUCCACGGACGACCACUUCGGCCUUGCAGUCUCCUGCCCUCGAGCCUUCUUAGCAGGCACUCCGACACAACAGGCACAGGCAUUAAUACAGGGCUGGUCCCUUGUCGCUAAUCACCUCUAACCAUGCUCUCCCUUGGCGCUGUCAGCCUUUGCGCGUUUCUGGUCCAGUCUGGCUUCGCCGCCGCUCAGCUUGUGUCGGCAAGCGAUCUAGCCUCGCAGUACUCUCUCACGACCAGCACCAGUAUACCCUUCCCUACCGCCACACUUUCCAACAACGAUGCGCAAUCGUUCAUCGUCGACGGCUGGUCUCUCAGCAAAGGCCGCAUUCAGAACGGGGCAAGCGAUGUCGCGUUCGUUCAAGAUCCGUUCCCGAACAACCCAGUGCCUGGCUCCAGCGGCUCAUCUGGACCUGUCCUUGAGGUAACUUACCCGGAAGGCAGCUUUUCUCACGACACAGGCGGCGCGCAGCUAUACUCCCUCUGGAACACAACAGAUGGCUCGACAUUCAAUUCAAUGCUGGUAACAUAUGAAGUUGCAUUCGACGCCGGCUUUAACUGGGUCAUGGGUGGAAAGCUGCCCGGAUUGCGAGGCGGACUUGACCCGGACGGGUGUUCGGGUGGUACGGCAGCCAACGGGUCCAACUGUUUCAGCUCUCGUCUGAUGUGGCGUAAGAGCGGAGAAGGAGAGGUCUACGCGUACAUAAUCGAGAACAACGCUCUCUGCUCUGACUCUAAUGUCUUGUGCAACCAGGACGGCUUCGGUACGAGUAUCGAUCGCGGUUCAUAUAGUUUUGCUGCCGGCCAAUGGAAUCUCGUCACAAUGCUUGUGCGCCUGAACGACCCUCUGGACGGAUCUAACGGUCAGGUUGUCCUCUACUACAAUAAUGUUCAGGCCGUUGAUCAACAAGGGCUCCAGCUCCGUACAAAUGAUGACAUCGACAUUGGUGGACUAUACUUCUCUACCUUCUUCGGCGGAAACGAUUCUUCCUGGGCUACCCCCAUGACGACUCAUACCUACUUUCGCAAUAUACAGCUGUGGGGCAGUUCUGCGGCAUCGAACCUCACAGGUUCGACCAAUGCUGCCGCUUCGCUUUCCAUCGGCCAAGCAACCAGAUGGCUUCUUACGGUCCUGUCUGGUGUUGUCGCCACACUACUUGGCGGGAUUAUUUAGACCUGCACUCACAUACCUAUGGACUCUCAUAUGCAUAGUUUCACAUAUCGGACUUGGAAUCUCGCGUUCAUACAUUCGCUUUUGUAGACUGUAUCAUGAUAAGUAUAUCCAAGCUCAGCCACAGAUCUCCUGUAAAUUUUCAUGUAGCUUCUAGUUUGUAUAGGUUUUCCAUUGGACGGGCCUUAAUACUCGUGUCCAAAUGCGCAUGUGUGCGUCGAAUAAACACGGGACCCUAAGAGACCGCGGGUGGUUUCGCGUG